UGUAUCUGUCAGCUUGUUGAUCGAAUUUAAAUAUGUGAGAAAGGUUAAAUAUAGGGGUAAAAGAUAAAUAAUAGGUUACAUGAUGUUAAAUUAACUGAUUUAAUUGAUAAAAAUAACGGCUUUGAAUGAGUCAGUCACGGUGCACGGGUAUCUAGACACGACACGUGUUGGGCGGAAAUGUCCGAUUACCGGAAUCGAAAAGUAUCAAUGACGUAUAGUGUACAUGAGCCGACAACUCAACAGUUUUCUGCACUGAACGCGCCCAUUGACACAAUCAGUUCGUUAAGAUAUGAUGGCUCGUUCAGAGAUAUUGUUUCCUUUUGUUUAAUCGUUAAUUUUCGUUCCCUGUGUAAAAUGUUGUUGAUGUCUUGUGUUAGUUUGUUAUACAGAUUACAUGGCUGAUCGUUUCACGAGUUGCGUCGGUGUUUUAUACAUAGUACCUAUUAAAUAGCUGUGAUAACGUCCUCUGUAAGUAUCACGCAUCGUCGACUACGUCCCCCGAUUGUCCGACGAUUUCGUCUGAAACUUUUCGAAAGUGAAACUAUGGCCGCGUCGUUGGAAAACUCGCAGUAAUUCGCAUUAAUGAUGGUAGCUGCCGGAGCCACAAUUUUGAUGGCAGCUAGUGAGGAGAAUUCGUCCAAUGAGACAGAAAAUAGUACAACACAUUCGGUAAACCAAGGUUCUUGUUCCCAUUACGGUAUACAACGUUGUGCUCAAAGAAACAUUGAAUCGUCAGCGAAAGGGGGUGUAGCAACUUGUUCCUCGAAUACUACAGAAAAGAAGCAUUGUAGCCUUACAACAGAGAAGAAUGGUAAAAUAACAUCCAAAGUAGAGCCUAAAGAGAGCUCUAAAACUUUGACAGUUCAUAAGACUGCUCAGAUUCGUGAGACCAGAACUUCUAGAUUACGGGCUGCUUCCAUAGUAUUACCCAGUGGUGCAACAUUAGCGUCGAAAAGAAUACUUGGAUCAGAAACUACUGGUUCUGCAAGGUGCAAUUCAUUAGUUAAAGAAGAAACUUCCACAUCCUUAAACGGUGGCGUCGCUAUGAAUCCCGUCAAGGAGAGAGAUAAGAGCUACAAACGCAAAUCUUAUUUAAACAGGUCACGUCACACGGAGACAGCGCCUGUUGAUCGUUUAAAUGAAACUGAGUCUAGCGAGAGGCGCUCCAGAAGGCAAUCCGUCAGACGAAAUCAAGUGUCGGAGACUGCAUCGAGUCCCACUGACUCCUGCAGUAAUCGUCAAGUCGCGAGUCCACGUAGAAAACACAACGAUUCGAAAGUAGCACAGUACGGCGCAGCGAAAAAUGUGUCGAAAACUUGCCCCUCCUCCUCCGUUGUAUCCGCCGCGAGUACCAAGCGCUCGAAUGCACAUCAGCCCAGCAACAGUAUAAGCGAUUCAGAGGUAUCGCGCAGAGUGGACGCGUUGACGGCGCUGACGCGAAUCACGAUGGAACGCGUGGAGAGACUCGCGUCCGCAACAGCGGCGGCGGCGGCGGCGAGCUCUGCGAACAAUUCAGCGGAGAAGACGUUAAUGUCGCCGAGGAAGUGCGCUGCCUCAAGGCACACGCCGGUUUCGAUUCUCAAACACAAAACUACGGACGGCGAAGGAUGCGAGCGUCAAGCGACAACCAGCGGUUCUCCUCACACGUCGUCACCGGUGACGUUCUCGCCGUCCGUGACGGAGUCUGUUUCCCGCAAGAGGCACGGUAUCCUGAAGAAACGCAGCAGCCUGGACGAGAACGAAAUACUGCGUCGCCGUAGUUGUUCUCCUGACGUCUCUUUCGUCGACAGCACUUACUCGGAGUUUCGGCCGAUCCUGAAGAAUCAAAGACGAUCUUCCCUGGAUGAAAUCGUCAAGAGAGAUCAGAGUCCAGAUCAGCAACCAACGUCCAUAUUGAAGCGCAAGUCAUCCAGAGAAGACGAUCGGGAGGUGCAUCGGUCGUUAUUGGCUUCCCCGGAACCGCAGAGUAUUCUGAAACGGAAGCUCGCGAACAACGUACGCGCUAACAACGUCAAUCAUCAUGUGACCAUCGCAUCGAACGUUGCGAGCGCGAAUACGAGCAGUUGCGCGAGCACGUGUCUGGUUUCCGACGGUGCCGAGGGAUCGGAAGUACGACCGAUAUUGAAGAAAAAAUACGGCAGGGAGGAACUUGCCGGCAACGAUGUCUCGUCUCUCGAGCCACGGCCGAUACUGAAGAAGAAAUCCAGCACCGAGUCGGACGAGCACGAGCACGACAGGCCGAAGAAAACGAUCCUGAAGUCCUCGCGAAAGAAUUCGUACGAGGAAGGCAGUUACGAGACAGAGUCGACUUCGCCGAGGAAGCUGUCCGCGCUGAAGAACCGAGCGAUCGAAAUCGAGAACGUGCGACCCAUACUGAAGCAGUCUGGCAGCAGCAGCCGUCAUCACGAUGACACACGCGACCCGACGGCGGACUUGUUCUUACGAAAAAGAGCGCAGUCAGUGGGCCACGCGCGAACUGCCGACGGCGACGACUGCGUGGAGUCAAUUCGCGUGCUAGCCAAGCGAAGGUCUCUCGAGUCCAGCUCGCCGAGUGAUAUAUGGCGUGCGCCAUCGACCACCCGUCACUGUCUCGCGGCUGAUCGGUCCAACGUCUCGCACAUGGCGAAUAGUUCCGUCGUGAUCAAAGAGGCCAAGCUGUCGUGCGAAGAAGCUGGUAAAGCGAAGCAAAUCAACGCAAACGACAUGGAGGAGAGGAGCAAAACGGACUCGCAUAUACAUUUCGCCAAGAUCGACGCGAACGAUCUCGCGUCGAUGCAGCUUUUCGCACGGACCUCCGACGAGAAUGAAGCGAGGAGGAACGAAAAGGAGGAAUCGCUGCAGGACGCGCAAGGCGUUCGCGAGGAUCACGCCGUUCGUCGUAGCAACAGCGUAUCGAAAAUGACGCAGCACUUCAAGGCACUGCAGGAGAAGGCGACCGCUACGGUGGAGAACAGUCCGCAGCGCGCGCUGCGAUUAUCACAUGGCGUUCAACGCUAUCGCGAGCGCAAGGUGCAGAGCGGCGAGAGAUUCAACACGCAGCCGGUGACCUUCGAAGAGGUGCGCGAAGCGGUCCUGCAGAAUCAACGUAACGCCGCCGCGGCGUUAGGCACCGGAGGCGCGUCAUCUAACGACGAGCUCGAGCCGUCCAAGCUGAGUUUAGCUGAGCGCGUACGGCUCUUCGACCAGAAGACCUCCACUGCGGAAACGAAUAACACUGGGUCUCAGGAAAGGCUUUCGCAGAGGAGACGGCCGUCCACUCGUUACAAAACGCAGCCCAUCACGUCGGAAGAGGUGGAAGUAGCGUCUCGCGUAUCGCCUUUCAAUACGAAUUAUCAACCGCAAACUUCGGUUGAAGGAUAUUCGAAAGAAUGUCAGAGACCGCUUCAUUCGCCGUUGCUCGUGUCACAUCACGAUGUGCCGAAAAGUAUUCUCAAGACCUCCGUCGGUCAAACGCAUAAUUUGUCGCGUGCCAAGAGCCCGGAGUUGCGAGGUAUGAAGUUAAUAAAGUCGGUGCUCAAGAGAGAAAGCGAGGAAUCAAUGGAACAACAGACGACGAUGACAACAACGACAACAACGAUGACACUGCCGAGUUCCGCCGAGGCGUAUCCGCGUUCUAUUCUAAAAAGCAAUCUCCACUCGAGGCUCGCGCUUCAGAGCGCAGGUGUCGACGCGAUGACAUCGAGAAGCGAGGGAGACGUGCGUCUUGCCGAGAGCCAAAAUCCCAGCGGCGACGCUACCAGACACUGCGAAAAGUUCGACAGUUCCUUCGCGACGGCCAGUAUCGCGCGACACAGCUUGCAUCGUUCCUGCGAAGACACGCGGAUAAUCACGUUGUCGAACGACAACGAUGUAGUCGAUGACUGCAAGAGCGAGAUCCUCUCGAGUCGCGUGCCGGUAAAGUGCACUCGCAAGAGACGCGACGAUUCGUCGUUGGGUAAAAUUGCUCGAGCGUCGUAUGAAGACGAUGACGACGACGACGAUGACGAUGACGACGACGACGAUGAGAACGACAACGAAAAAGAUGCUGGUGAGGAGGACGAGGACGACGACGACGACGACGACGACAACGACGACAAUGAUCGCGCCUCGUCGUCCUCCGGCGGUCACGAGAUACACAACAUCAUCGUCAGCGAGGAGAAACAUAAUGUCGCGCGAUUUUCCGCCAACUCGCUAGCCAAGAGUGUCAGCCAACAUGCCUUCGACGACGAGAACCGAAAGCAACGGCUCGGCUUCCCGUUGCCGGGACUGUGUCGCAGCGCCACGCAAGUGAUAACGUCGAUAGAGACGAGCGAGACGCCAAGCGUCAGUAUCGCCGACCGGCUGGCCGCGCUACAUCACAGCGGUAGCACGAAUUGGAGGCGACGCGUGGCCGGCAGCAACGUCGACGAGACACGCUACGAUUUGGUCGGCACGGAGGAGAGCAUGGCGAUCAAGUCGAGCGUGUUGGCGGACUGCAUCGGCAAACUGGAGUCCGCCACGGAGGGCUGGAGGAGAAGGAUAGUCGCGCCCGACGCAAUCAACUUCACCGUUGCUGGCAAAAUGGGCACGUCGGCACAGCCGAGUGACGCCGGCUCGCCGCUCUUCACUGAGCUCACGGCGAAUAUUUUUAACCAGAAGAAGAAAGUGCCGCGCCCGCAGCGGUUUAAAUCUAGGAAAGACAAAGGAUGUGCAAAUGGCGCGGUAUCGACACCUACCAGUCCAUGCAAAGAUUUGUCCUCUGCCAUGCGCAUGAGCUUCUCUGAGCCCGUUAGCGACGACAGCGGUGAAGAAUGUAAAACGGAGCAUGUCAUGUCGCCGACUGUUUCAGUGCCUAAAACUGACGACGAAACGUUCACCUCUUUCUUUAGCGGUGUGUCGCUGGAAAAGUGUGAAACCGAGUGUCUUGAUUUACGUGAAACCGACUUCGAUAUAAUUGCACCGCAAUCCGAAUUAUUAGCGCAAAAGCGGAACAUACGAAUGCAACGUCGACGGGUCACCUCGAGAAACCCUCUCAAAGCUCUCGCGGCGCGCACCGAUUUAAGAUCAGAAUACACCGAAUUUCGCACGAAUAUAACCGCGAGGACGAUCAAGAGCAUAAGCGUAGAGAAACUCGCUAAGAGCUCGUCUUUCGCUGUCGAAGCUCUCGCCGGUUUGGCUUCCACUGAGGAUUUUAGUGCGGUAACUCUGAGAAAUGUGACGGAAACGAGCGUGUCCACGAAUAAGCUGCAGCCAUACAAAGACUUAAUGCUGAUAUUGGUUAAAGGAAGACGGCACGUUCAAGCCAGACUGGUAGAGCCUGUCGCCGAGUGCAUCAAUAGCGGUGAUAAUUAUAUACUCGUGACGAAAUCAGAGGUUUUCAACUAUAUAGGAAGAUAUAGCAAUAUCAUUGAGAGAACUCACGCCACCGAGAUUGCGUCGUGUAUCCUGCAGAAGAAAGAUCUCGGCUGUCAGGCGGAACAAGUUAUCACCAUACAAGAGGAUAAACCGACAUGCACAAGGAGUCAGGUGCAAAAGUUUUGGAGUUAUCUUGGUGUACUCGACAGUGAGAAGCACAAUGUUAUCGGAUCUGGUCAUCCUGACGAAGAUGAGUUGUAUGAGUCCGCUAUCAUUGACACGAAUAUGGUGUACGAAUUAAAGGAUAAGCAGCUGAUGCCUUAUGAGCAGUUUUGGGGCACACUUCCGAAAAUAGAAAUGCUCGACCAAAAUAAAAUCCUGGUGUUUGAUUUCGGCACUGAGAUGUACAUCUGGAGCGGUAAGGGAGUUUCGACGGACAGCAAGAAGCUCGUCACGCAGCUGGCUACGGAAAUGUGGAACGACGGAUAUGAUUAUACCGAAUGCACCAUUUGUCCCGUCAAUGCAGCCAAUAUGCUCGGCGGUCGAGGCGGUGAUACGCGCGCGAGCUCGCUCGUCAAAUCCGCUAAGAGCAGGCCCGGGUGGUGCCUGCUUGCCAAGUUGACGCAGCAUGUCGAAACGGUACUCUUUCGAGAGAAGUUCCUCGAUUGGCCUAACAGCGCCAGUGUGAUUAAGGCGCGCGGCAGGAAGGACGACAUACGACAGAUCGACGGUGCCGUGACCGUGCAACUGGACGAUAGCGAUGAGAUAUGGCUGCCGAACCUCACCCCGGUCGAUUUCGUACUGGAAGGCUGUCAUCUGGGUAGAGGUACCGGUUGCUACGACAGUGAGCUGAAAAAGGACUAUAUAGUUACUACGACCAGCGUAAUGGUGUGGCAUAUCGAUGAAUUCUCGCAUACGCUCUUAGAUGGAUCGUCGAUCGGUCAAUUUUAUUCUGGUGAUAGUUAUAUCGUCCAAUGGACGUACUCCGUCACGAUCACCGGCAGAGAGCUCAGUGGCCUGCCGUCGAAACAUUCGGCGAAAGGUCGCGACAGAUCGGUGUAUUUCAUUUGGCAAGGCCGACACGCGUCUUUGAACGAACGAGGUGCCGCGGCAUUGCUGACGGUCGAAUUAGACAGCGAACGAGGACCUCAGAUUCACGUUGUCCAAGGACAUGAACCGGCCGCAUUUUUGAAUUUAUUCUCCGGAGGAAUGAUGGUACACAGCGGUAAAAAGUCCGAGAACAGGAGCGAAAAACAAUGGAAAUUGUACAUUUGUCGAGGUACUUUGAAAUCUGAAACAUAUUUGAACGAAAUUUCUUGUAGCACUCGCCAAUUAAGAAGUAGAAGCUCCUUCGUGUUGCUGGACACCAAAAAUGCAAAAGCGUACGUUUGGCAUGGAAAUAAUUCAUUGCGUCACAUUAGAGAGAAUGCAUUGAGUGCUGCGAACAAAUUGAGAGAGAACCGACCCGAAGAAACCGGAUUAUCGAACGAAGUCAGUGUGCAGAUAUGCGAAGUUCAAGAGGGUUCGGAACCGGAGGAAUUUAGGAACGCAUUAGGUGGCAUGAAUAAGAAACUAUAUUGGUCAUUGGAGACGGCUCAGAUGCAGGACUAUACACCAAGGCUCUACCACUUAUCAAGUAUUUUCAAAAUAUUUCGCGCAACGGAAAUACUCUGUCCGCAUCGCGCAGAUCUUGCGACACCGUUUCCUUUCUCGCAGGACGAUCUGUAUCAAGCGAGCCAGCCAGCCUUAUUUUUAUUGGAUGACAAGGAUAUGAUUUGGAUCUGGCAAGGAUGGUGGCCUGAUAGCAGUACGGAGGAUCAGUCCGGCAGCAAGACUGUCCGAUGGCAGGCAGAAAGAAGAGCGGCAAUGACGACAGCAAUACGAUACUGGCGAAACACUCGGAGCGCACAAACGACGAAUCUUCCUAUAUACUUAAUUUGGGCUGGUUUAGAGCCCUUGCAAUUUAUAAAUCUCUUUCCAGAGUGGACGUAUCGGGACGACGUUGCUGAGUUGAAUAUAGAGGAUGGCCGAAAUCUAGGAGAGGUAUUAGCCGUAGAAAGUGAACUGGCUCGUCUGACACAAAGCACAUAUCCUCCUGCUCAGCUGUUGCAAAGACCUUUGCCCGACGGAGUCGAUCCAACGCGCUUGGAGUUAUACUUAUCUCAACAACACUUUCAAGAGCUACUGGGGAUGAGCAAAGAAGAAUUUCAACAGCUUCCAAUUUGGAAACAAGUGAAUCUCAAGAAAGAAAUCGGAUUGUUCUGAUGGAUCGUUUUGGCUGCCAACACUGCGAUUAAUAGCUGCCCUUGUAAAUUCGAGUUUAUGUGUUAAUUGUUUCAUGUUUUGUGGAUUUAAAAAAUCUCGACUUCUAAGCGCAUUUUUGUCGAAACUUGUAAUAUCAUAUAAUAGAGAACGAAAUAUUUCAAAAACCAGCGAAUAAUAUCAUCGACGAUAUAGUGUAAUAAACGGAUGAUUAAUUAAGAACAAACAACGCGCUCUCGAUAACACAUUGUAUCAGCGCUGUCUGAAUUAUUAUGUAUAAUGAUAUAUAAAAAACAUACGUAUAUAUAUAUAUAUAUAUAAUAUAUAUGAUAGGCCGCGCGCGCGCACGUACGAACAGAUAAUUAUAUAUUUUUAAUACCUGCUACACAUUGUGUGCGAAUCAGCUUGCGAACAUUUUCUUUAUAUUUGUAUGGUCUUUAUAUUUGCGAGUGAGUGAUACGCUGUUACGGCUUAUUCUUUCGCGCGUGAUAUCUGUACGAGACCGUUUCUAUAAUUUACAACAUAUUCUGCGUUUCUAAAUAGUAUUUCGCAAAAAAAAAAACGUUGUCCUAACUCUUUCUUCGUCCCUUCAAGACCUCGCGUACUGCUUUGUACUUUACAUUCUACUGUACAAAAGUCUCACGCAAGUCAGAAAAUCCUUUCUCGACCUGUCAGCUUUUCUAUUUUUGAUGAGACUGGGGCUAUAACUUGCCUUAAUUUCGUGGAUAAUUUUGUACGUGAUAUCUUUAUACAGAAAUAUGUAAGAGAAAUUAGAGAGCUAAAAAAAUGAUCUGAAUCACAUAUUACUAGUCGCAUCGUACAUUAAAAUAUGUAAAUACUACAUUAUAAGCUUAAAAAAUAUCUGCAGUUUUAAUAACAAACGCACUUUUAUUUUUUUUUAUAAUAUCAUAUAACAAUUGAAAUGUGUGCCAAAGAGAAACACGUGUACGAUAUUAAUCUUUUCGUUAUUAACGGCGAUUACUGUCAUCCUCACUACGAAAAAAAAA